CUGAUAUGAAGCCCAAACGAAUUAAGGUCCGUAGCAUACGAAACCCUAAGAAUUCUGACGACACUAUAUAUUCAUCGCAUCAUGAAAGUCCAUCACUUAAUCCAACCCCAAAAACCCUAGGUAGAGAGCUCUUCCUCCCUUUCUCACAGCAAUGGCCGCCGCAGCACGCCCUCUCGUCACCGUGCAGGCCCUCGACGGUGACAUGGCAACCGAUGCCUCCGCCACCGUUCCCAUCCCUGACGUCAUGAAGGCCUCUAUCCGCCCCGACAUCGUCAAUUUCGUACACUCGAACAUCUCCAAGAACAGCCGCCAGCCAUACGCCGUCAGUCGUCGCGCUGGUCACCAGACCUCCGCCGAAUCCUGGGGUACCGGCCGAGCCGUCUCCCGUAUCCCCCGUGUUCCCGGCGGCGGAACCCACCGCGCCGGCCAAGGAGCCUUUGGAAACAUGUGCCGCGGCGGACGCAUGUUCGCCCCGACCAAGAUCUGGCGCCGCUGGCACAGGAAGAUCAACGUGAACCAGAAGCGCUACGCCGUCGUCUCCGCCAUUGCUGCCUCCGCCAUUCCUUCCCUCGUCCUCGCCCGCGGCCACCGCAUCGAGUCUGUCCCGGAGCUCCCCCUUGUCGUCAGCGACUCCGCCGAAGGAGUCGAGAAGACAAAAGAAGCGAUCAAAGUCCUCAAGCAGAUCGGAGCAUUCCCGGACGCCGAAAAGGCUAAAGACAGCCGCAGCAUUCGUCCCGGCAAGGGAAAAAUGCGUAACCGCCGCUACAUCUCUCGCCGGGGACCACUUGUGGUGUACGGAACGGAAGGUGCGAAGGCCGUUAAGGCCUUCCGUAACGUCCCCGGCGUCGAGGUCGCCAACGUCGAGAGGCUGAACCUUCUGAAGCUGGCCCCCGGUGGGCACCUCGGGAGGUUUGUAAUUUGGACCAAGAGCGCUUUCGAGAAGUUGGAUUCAAUUUACGGGUCUUUUGAUAAGCCCUCUGAGAAGAAGAAGGGAUACCUGCUUCCCAGGUCCAAGAUGGUGAAUUCGGACCUCUCCAGGAUUAUUAAUUCUGAUGAGGUGCAAUCUGUUGUGAGGCCCAUUAAGAAGGAUGUGAAGAGGGCCACUCUCAAGAAGAACCCUCUUAAGAAUCUCAACUCGAUGCUGAAGCUGAAUCCUUAUGCCAAGACUGCUAAGAGGAUGGCCCUUCUCGCUGAGGCACAGCGGGUUAAGGUCAAGAAGGAGAAGCUCGACAAGAAGAGGAAGACUGUCUCUAAGGAGGAAGCUUCUGCCAUCAAGGCUGCUGGGAAAGCAUGGUAUCACACUAUGGUGUCAGAUUCUGAUUAUACAGAAUUCGACAACUUUUCUAAGUGGUUGGGUGUUUCACAGUAAACUUCAUGAUUUAUUUUUUCGUAUUAGAAUUUUGUUUUUUAUGCUCAUCAGAACUAAAUAUCCUUAUCUUUGGUUUUUUUGUUUUGCGGGUUAAGGUUGUCAUCAUAAUUAUGCAGACAAUGUGGAAAUUUUGUUUGUUGGAUUUUAGUGCAAAUUCUGGUUCUUAUAUUAAAAACAGCAUCUCUUUUAUUA